ACAGGUUUUGUUUUUGACACGUCUGAUCACGUGUGCGUUAUGUUCCCUAAAGAGCUCAGAACACAAACGUAAGAGAGGAAGAUGGAGAAAAUGUUCUCACACUAAAAAGAAUGUGAGAAGCUUGAACGAAGACCACGCCCACGUGUACUUUUCAGCCAAUCCCUGGCGUUCCUCGGACCAACCUUCUGUUCUCCUGUCAGCUCUUCGUUUAUGAACAGAGCGCGGAAAAUCAUGCAGGAGAAAUACCCCGCGCGCGCAAACACACACACACACACCGCAGCUGAGAUGAAACAACACAAGCAAAAGAAAACGGUGGAAAUGAAAGAAGAUUGAUGUCAGUGGAAGAUUAAUAAAUCUGUGGUACUGGCACGCAGAGAUAAAGAUAAGGAUACGUUCGCGUAAAACUUCUGGAGACAGUGGAGACCUCGUCACGCUUUAAAGUGUUUGGUGCAGGUCAUUUCUCGAGCAGGUCAUAUCUCGGGUAGAUGAUGAACGACUCGGCAGCGUCGUGCGACUCUGGAGAGCUCUCUAACGGCUCGAUGCCCUGCGCGAACAUCACGGUGCCCGACUACGACGCGGCGUCCUUUACGCACGUCUUCCCCGCCGUCUACGGCAUCCUGUGCUCGGUCGGCGUCCUCGCCAACGCGCUGGUGAUCUACGCCGUGGCCACGUGCAAGAAGAAGUUAGUGUCGGACGUGUACGUGCUGAACCUGGCCGUGGCAGACCUGCUCUUCUUGCUCGUCAUGCCUUUCAACAUACACCAGCUCGUGUGGGAGCGUCAGUGGGUCUUCGGCGCGUUCAUGUGUAAAGCCGUGGUGGUGAUGGACGUGAGCAACCAGUUCACCACUGUGGGCAUCGUCACUGUGCUCUGCAUCGACAGGUACAUUGCCAUCGUCCAUCCCAUGUCGGAGAACCGCACCAUCCAAUGGACCAUCAUCAUCAACCUACUGGUGUGGCUCGGCAGUUUUCUCCUCACCAUCCCAGUCAUGAUCUAUGCAAAGGUAAUCUCCAAGAAGCACUCGAGUAUCUGCAUGAUAUACCUUGAUGGUCCCCAGGACAUGUACUGGUACACCUUGUACCAGUCGACCCUGGGUUUCCUUGUGCCCCUCAUCAUCAUCAGCACCUUCUACUCGCUGACCCUGUACCAUGUAUUCCAGUCGAUGCGCCGGGUCAAGCGAAAACAGUCCCACUGGGCCAAGAGAGCCACAAAGAUGGUUUUAAUGGUUAUUGCACUCUUCCUGCUGUGCUGGACACCGUAUCAUGUGAUCCAGAUGAUUAACUUGGGCAUCCAAGAGCCGACAGCAGCCUUUGUCUACGCCUACAAUAUCAGCAUCUGCCUGAGCUACUCGCACAGCUGCAUCAACCCGCUCAUGCUCCUGAUCUUUGCUCAGAACUACCGUGAGCGUCUUUGCCGUCAUCGUGAAACUCGCAGCAACAUGUCCAAGAACACAGUGAAGACAGAAGGAUGUUCUAGCAUGAGUCCUGAUACCACCCACCGCCUGACCAUCAUCUAAUUUCUGUUACAUCUUUAUUUGUUUGCCUAUUCUGGGGUCUCUUUAACGGCAGAAAUCUUUAACAUCGGGGUUUUGCUGGGAGGAAGAGUUCCAAGUAGAACCUGUUCAUGAAGCAAAAAAAUACUUCAUUGUUAAAAGAACCCUUGAGGAACCCUCUUUUCUAAGAGUAUUGUAUAAAUCAGUGUGGACCACAUGAACAAACAGUGUAGAGAGAUUGAUCAAACAUAACUUGUAAAAGGCUCUCAAGGCUCUUCCAUCUUUGCAUCAACUCUGGUUUGCUCAAUUAUGGAUCCAGAUUUCUCCACGCUGUUUGUGGCGACGUGUCGAUGGUUAAAACUAAUAUACGAAUGAAAUUGAACAUUAGUGAUUAGGGUGAGGUCAGGACAUUGGUCAGAGACGUACCUUCCUGAGAGCCAAAAUGAAUCGUGAUUCACCAGGCGGAAAGGAAAAAAAACAUGAGUCAGCAAUCAAGUCAAAUGGCUGAACUUGAUUUAUUAUUCUGCUAUUGCCCGUGAGCUACACGUAAGCCAUGGGAAAUAAUUGUUUUUAAAGAAAAUUCAAUGGGUUUUUAAUCUGUUAUUUUUUUGGAUGUUUAAAGUUGGUUGUAAGCUUGUGGCAGAGCAAAUGCCAGGCAGAAGUAAAAGAGAGCAUGACCAGGUAAUGUCGUUAUCUUGAAGUAUUCAGAUAUGUGUCAGAGAGGUUGAUGCUGUAUAUACACUCACAUGCAGUUAUCAGGUGAUGACCCACAAUUUUAUCCCAAAGUGCUAAAGGAAAAGUUCACCCUGAACAACUUGCAUACUAAUCUUUAUCUUCAUUUACAUCUAUGAUGAACUUCUUUCAAUUCAGUUAACAGCUUUAUUACCCUACACAAUGCCCUUCAAGGACCUGUUGAUAUUGCUGCAAUGAGAUUUAGCCCUCAUUUUUAGCCAUCUUUACCUAAAUAAAGCAAUGCGGCGGUGCUUUAAUCCUUUCAGUCUGUCCAGUUCUCGCACCUCCUCAUCUGUAAACUCUGUUAGAACAGAUCCGCUUCCAAAGUUUCAACAUUCAUGCAAAAACUCAAUCACCAUCAUCUUGCCGUUAUCUCCAUAAAAAGCCAAGGCUGAGUCUCGGCUCGAGCUCCACAUAGUUGUUGUAGCUGCAUUGCUUUCUGGGAGUUUAAAACAAGCUUUUGCAAAAAAGUGUAUCUCCAAAUUGUCUACUCUGGAUUCCACUAAAAAAAUGCUAGAAAACUAUUUUUAGGUGUUUAGACAGAAACCUGACCAGUUGUUAAGUCGCCGAAAUGUUUCUCACUGAAACAAAAGCAAUGUUCCACUGUGACAUCUAUCCGCUUGUUAACUCUGACACCAUGUGAAAUAGAUAGAAGGCAUUUCCGGGUCAAAAACCUUCUUCAGAUCCCAAAAGUUAACUUCUAAAGAUGCUAAAAAAAGACUAGCUACAGACAUAUUAAUAUAAACACAGCACCGCUAAUGUACUGGUACCUCAUUGUUUUCCAUAUAAAUGCUUUUCUGAGAGUCAGUCAGUGAGGUAUAGCACCUAUGAGCACCCAGUCCGCAGAGAUAACUGGCACCAUAUGGCAGCUUAAUUGAUUCGGGUGGAGAAAAAUGUGUCUCGUAUCGACAUGGAACGCAUGUGAAGAGACUGAACGCUGAAAAAGGGAGAGUCUGAGACAGUGGAAGACACCAUCAGCAACAGAUGGUUAAGAUAGAAUUUGCGAUUGAUGCUGCUGUUAUUGCAUGGUUUUUCAUAUUUCCUUGAUGUUAUGUGGUUUAAAGCCAUUCUAUCAUGUGAAGCUCUUGAAAAUACAAUCACAGUGUUCUUUAUUAGCUUUACUGAAAAAUCGUGACACAUUAUCUGAGCAGAGAUUCAUCUUUUCUGAUGCUGUAUUCAAUUCAAUUCGAUUCAUCAUCACUGUCUCAAAGCAGCUUUACAGAACAUAAGAAACAAAAAACAUAGUGCAAAAAGUCCUAGAUGUUAGACAAAAUCAUCCCUAGUGAGCGAGCCUGAGGCGACUGUGUGUAUUAAUUAGGAGGUUGUUGUCAUCAUCGAAGGUUACAUAGGGUUAGCAGCAUUGAUGCUGUAGUGUAGUGAAGACUGUGAGAUCAGCUUAGCUUUAACAUGUGCUAUAAAUGAACAGUGGUGAUAAAAGCCUGAGAGAUUCAGCCAACACAGUAGAAGCUUGGUCACGGAAACAGAAUUAUUCGAGGAUUGUCACGUCACGACUUACCAAGCGGAUACCACAGUCGACCGCACGAGUCGAGUACAAACACGAAAAACAAAAAUACGACCCUAACUAGCACAUCAUUAAACACAUCACAGGGGUGGAGUUUUCGUCGGUAUGUUAUUACUAUCCAAAUUGUGGUCUGUUUUUUUUUGUUUGUUCUUUUGUACACUCACCACAGGCUUGUUGUAAAUAUUGGCUUUGCACUUCAUGGCUACAGGGAAGGAAAAGGGCUAAAUGCUUUGUAACCGCUGACAACUCUUCGGUUUAGUAUGUAAAUACUAUAAAGUGCAUGCGAUAUUUUUUUAAAAGCCUUGAAUUGAGUUUCUUGGUACUUUAAAUAGGCAGCAUUUUUUUUUUUUUGGUAAAUCUUAGAUGUGGCACUAAACGCAGGUCUUGUGUAUGCAUGUGAAGUGUGACCAUCUCAUGUUUCUGCUGCUUCUGUUAUGUUCGUGUUCCCGUUCUCCCUCAAGGCGUUGUGGAACGUUUGUUCCCAGCAUAACGUGUUAAGCUUCAGUCAUGUGUCGCCAGCGGAAUUUCAAGACCCUGAAACGGCACAUUGUAAAAGCAAAUAAACAAACGACUGGAUUGAAGCCGAAACACUUCGCACUGAAUGUUGAUGCUCUACGUUUAUUAUUAUUAGCUCUCGAACUGACUAGCACUUGCUAAAACGGCCACUUUUUUCUAAAUCUGAUCUUGAGCUUUUCAUGAGAUUUAUCGAUGCUGAAAGAAGUUAAAUAAAUGUGGAAAUGUGAAAAACGGUCUCUUUUUCGCGUUCUCUAUACACAAACAACGGUGUCUUAGUGGUUAGCACUGUUGCCUCACAGCAAGAAGGUCCUGGGUUUGAAUCCCGGGUUGCAUG